GCUUUUGUAAACUGCCUGCAAGGCAACAGUGAGGAAGCUAUUCAAAACUUAAAGGAAGUUGAAAAGAUUCUGAGGGAGAACCACAAAGAUGCAUUUGAAAGAAGAAGCAUCAUCACCUAUGGAAACUAUGCCUGGGUGCAUUACCACAUGGGACAACUGGACAAGGCUCAGUCCUUCCUCGACAAGCUGGAGAUGAUCUGUAAACCACUCACAGAUGGUCCUCGCUACACAGCAAUGAUACCUGAAGUGUAUGGGGAGAUGGGAUGGUCAUUGUUGAGAUCGGCAGCUCAACACUAUGAGGAGGCAAAUAAAUGUUUUGAGGAAGCUCUGGAGGAAGAUCCUGACAAUACGGAGUGGAUCAUGGGCUAUGCAACAGUUCUGUCUCGUCUGGAAUCAAUUCCUGGAACCCGUGAGAAAUACAAAAGUAGUCAGUGCGUGAAUCAUCUGCGACGUGUUCUGGAGCUUGAUCCAGAUGAAUCUUUGGCCAUGGUGAUGUUGGCCCUAAAACUGCAACAGGACAAUCAAAAGAAGGAAGCAAAUGAAUUAGUUGAACGAGCCUUACAGAAAAGCCCUGAUGUUCCAAAAGUGCUUCGUAAUGCUGCAAAAUUUUACAGACUAGAACGAGCUGUGGAAAAGGCAAUUGAGCUGCUGGAAAAAGCAUUAGGAAUCACUCCAAUGAACAGUGUCCUUCACAACCAAAUAGGUAUGUGCUAUAGAGUGCAACUACUUGAACUGUUCAAAAAUCCAUUGAGCUCUGAUCCACAAUAUCCUGAAUUUCAACAGAAAAUGGUGUUGAUCAAUCAUUGCAAACAUCACUUUGGAAAGGCAUUUGAACACCGUCCAAAGACUGCUACUAAAUCACAACUAGAUUAUGCAGACAUCUGUAUAAGAAAUGGAGAGUAUUCCGAAGCAGCAGAGGUCUACAGUGAACUGCUGAAGUUAGAGGGCAUUCGUCCAGGAAAUAUGCAGAAAAUAUAUUUACAGGCUGAAAUGUACCGGAGAAAAUCUGAUUUAAAUGCUGUCAACUUGUUGCAGAAAGGACUGAAGAUUAAAAAUAACACAUAUGACUGGAAAUUGUGUUAUAAACAUUUGGACAACUGGGUAAAAAGGAAGCUUUGCAGGGAUGCACAUAACAGCAAGGCCCUUGAUGUCAAAGGAUUUCUGCAUCAGAUGGAUGGGCACAAGUCUGAAGCUAUUGAAGAUUUUGAAAAGGCUUUGGAAUUUGAUCCCAGCAAUGAAGAAUAUCUCAGUGCUCUUUGUGAAUUACGCCUUUCAUUUGAAGAGCAUCAUGAACUUUGAAAGAUGCAAUACUUUAAUCUGACCCAAGAAAAGAAUGAAUGUGGUGUUUGUUUCACUAAUUAUAUUCUGUUCUCACCUUCUCUAAUUGGGAACUGUACGCAUGAAGGUGUCAUUUUUAAAUUGUUAAUUUUCAAUUUAAAAUAUUAAAUUCUUGUAAUACUAACCUAUGUGGUUCUUAGACGAAUAAUGACACUUUUGCUUCACAGAAACAUAGAAAAUAGGUGCAGGAGUAGGCCAAUCGGCCCUUCAAGUCAGCACCACCAUUCAAUAUGAUCAUGGUUGAUCGUCUAAAAUCAGCACCCUGUUUUGGCUUUUUCCACAUAUCCCUUCAUUCCCCUAGCCCGAAGAGCUAAAUCUAACUCUCUUGAAAACAUCAAGUGAAUUGGCCUUCACUGCCUUCUGUGGCAGGGAAUUCCACAGAUUUACAACUCUCUGCAUGAAAAAUAUUUUCCUCAUCUCAGUCCUAAAUGGCCUACCCCUUAUUCUUAAACUGUAAGCACUGGUUCUGGACACACCCGGAUCGGGAGCAUUUUUCCUUCAACUACCCUGUCCAAUCCUCUAAGAAUUUUAUAUGUUUCCAUAAGAUCCCCAUUUUCAAAUUUGCAAACGACGCCACCAUUUUGCCACAAAGCCUUCAACCUCCAUGUCUAAAUCAUUAAUAUACAACAUGAAGAGUAGUGGCCCCAGCACCGACCCUUGCAGAACUCCACUAGUCACCUGCGGCCAACCAGAAAAGGCCCCCUUUAUUGCCACUCUUUGUCUUCUGCCUUCCAGCCAACCUGCUUUCCAUGCUAGUAUCUGCACUUUGAUACUGUGGGCUCUCAUCUUCCUAAGCAGCCUAACGUGUGGCACCUUAUCAAAGGCUUUCUGACAAUCCAAGUAAACAGCAUCUACUGAAUCUCCUUUGUCUGUCCUGCUAUUUAUUUCUUCAAAGAAAUCCAGCAAAUUUGCCAAGCAAGACCUCCUCAUCACAAAGCCAUGCUGACUUCAGCCUAUUGUAGCGUGAACUUUUUUUCUUUUUUUAAUCUUUUUAUUAGUUUUUUUCAAAAGCAAAAACAAAACAACAAAAAAUUAAUGAUAAACAUAACAGUGAUAUUGAUACACAGGGAUCAGGGUUACAUUAAUGGCAGGUAUAACCUAAAUAUGAGUCCAGUGUCAAUAUACACAUUGAAUAUAGACCUCCCAGUCUCUAUGUAAAUAUAGUUAAGUGUUUAAAAGAGAACUUAUACGUAUAAAAACAAAAAGAUAAAAAGAAAAAAAAUUAAAAAGAGAAAAAACAAAAAAAUAAAACCCCCCUAAACUAAAGAAGAAAAAAAAAAGCAAAGCAAAACAGAAUCUGGGCUGCAAAGAGUUUCAACAAUUUAAGUCCUUGUUUGUCGUCAAGUCCGUUCCACCGUAUACCAGUAAAAAAUAAAUUAUUAUUAU